CUCGUGUACAGCAGCUCUUACAGCUCUGAACUUUACAAAUAAAACCAAACAUUUUUGGGGAAAUAUCCAGGAAACAUCUCAUCAUGUGCAGAGGACUGGAAUCACUGCCUACCACCUGCCUGGAAAGGGCAAAGGAGUUAAAAGCUUUGUUUGGAAGUUUACUGCAAAAGUCAGAUCACAGCAUCCUGUCCAAGAAAUAUGACAAACUGAGGUUCAAUCUCGACGAGCCUUUGAAAUGGAAGGAGUCGUUCGAGAAACUGUUGUCCAGUCAAAAUGGACUGUGCCUGUUCAGAGCGUUCCUGGUCUCAGAGUUCAGUGAGGAAAACAUCGCCUUCUACUUGGCUUGCGAGGACUACCGGGUGACGAAACCAUCGAAACUGGCCGCCAAAGCCAAGCAUAUUUACGACCAGUUCAUCGUCUGUGACGCACCACGAGAGGUAAAUCUUGACCAUGUGACCAAAGCCAUCACGAAGGAGAACCUUGAGAAUGCCAGCCAGUCAUCCUUCAGCCUGGCCCAAGCUAAAAUCUACACCCUGAUGGAGAAGGACUGCUACCCUCGCUUCCUCAAGUCCUCCACGUACCUGGAGCUCAGCAGAAAGGCCAAGUCAGGCUAAAAUAAAAACUGUAUUAAACUGGACACAGUUUGCUGACACAUAGUGGAAAGGUUUACAUGGAAUAAAUGCAACCUGGAGUUGCACGCCAGGUUAUGGAGUAACUAUGGGCAAUCGGAGGUUGGCGCCCGAGCUGGAAACUGAAGGACACAUGAAGCUGUGACAAGAGACGGCCCUGAAGGCGAUGUCUGCCUCUGAAAGAGACACCUGUACUGUACAUACAGGGCUGCAUGGACGCAGCCGUAAUUUAUUAAAUGCUGAAGGACAGAAAUGAGUUUACACAACAAAUCUACCACUGUCUGGAAGAUGCUCAUUAGUGUUUAUUUAUUUGCUAUUUAUUUAAAGUAUUUAAUAUAUAUUAUAUAUUCUGUUUUUCUAUGUUUUUUUAUCUGUAUGUGAAAAUAAAUGCAUUGAAUAAAAGAUAU